CUGUUUCAUCAGCGUGUGUAAUGUAUGGCAAAGCUAAUUCACGUAGUGUGUAGGCUAACUAUGAGUCAUUUGAACCAGAUGAUGUCAUCUGGUAUGUUAACAUUAACACUAACCAGUCGACUUCGAAGCUAGUUAUCUGAUUCAUUGUGACUUGAGUGAAGCUCUGUUGAAGCUGUCAAAUAUGGCUUGUGAGGAAGAGAGAGCUCAGGAAAACCUGACAGAGGAUUCUGACGGACAAAUCCACAUAGAUGAGAUGAAACAAGAAACUAGCCAAAAUAUUUGCCAGCACUUCCUCUUGGGCAGAUGUCAUUUUGGAGACAGAUGUCGACUGUCUCACAGUGUGCUUGACGUUCCCCAAACCACACACUCAGAGGAAGAUGAUACAGCCAUCACAGAAAAGCAGAGCAAGACCCGAAAAAACAGAAAAAACACAAAUGCAGAAAAGCAGCAUACAAGGAAUGAGAAAGAAGGUUGUAAAAAGAAGCCACGCAUGCGUACAGCCGAUGAUGUCAUCUCCAGAAUUAUAUGGGACCCCUUAGUGGACCCAGCUGAUUUUAUAGUUGGUCACCUAGACCGUUUCCUUGGGGUGCUGGAACGCCCAUUCUCUGACUUCUCAUGGGACACUCAGGUGUGUGACUGUGACUUCUCUGAGGAGCUGGCUCUUCCUCGUCAUAGGAUCCAGUACUUCAGCUACAAAGGUCAGCGGGUGUGGGAUAGAGACAGUCGCACUGACAGGGUGUUCGGUUCAACGGGGCAGACUAUUUUGCCCCCUUUUGGUAGUGCAAAUCAACAAGACAAUUUAACUGAAACUGGACAACAUGAAGAGUCCACCAACAUGGCAAAUGUUUCAAAUGACCAAGAGCAAGCAACUGAAUUUUCUGACGAGCAGGAUGAUGGUGCAACGACAAUUACAACAAACACACAAGAACUGGGAGAUUCCGUAAAUCACUCAUUUACUGAAAAUGCAAAAGAUGAUAUUUCUCUUCUGCAAAACAAAUCUGCACAAGAUGAAGAAAACAUGCCGGGUACUGAAGAUUUGAAUCAUUUGGCAGAGGAGCUAUCCAUCGCCCCGAAAGAGGAACAGACCAAAAUAGUGGAAGAAUGGAAGGACAGCUGGGAGGGAGAGAGGGGUACAGAAGCAGAGCCAGUAUCAUCUAUACCACAAGAACCUCGGUCCAACCGUCCACCCCAACGCAAGGCCACCCACUUCAUCUGCUUCCGUGUGGAUUCUCCCGCUGCUCUCCAAGCCUACCAGCGUGUUCAGAAAAAAGUUCUCUCCCACCUUCCACAGUCAGAGCCACUGUGGGUGGACCCUGCAACUUUGCACGUCACUCUUUCCUUACUUGUCCUGAAAGGACCAGAGGAAGUAAGCGCUGCUGCUGAGCUCCUGCGUACCAUAAUCAGAAACUCCCACAAACCUCCUAUUUCUGUGUCUUUCACCCCAAAACUAAGACACUUUAAUGGCACUGUUCUCCAUGUCACCCCACAACCCCUGUCAGAUAUUCAGAACCUGAAUUCCCCUCUUCAAGAAACCUUCAAGGACAAGGGCUGGCUUCACCGCCAUUCCCGAUGCCCAACGUAUCACCUCACCCUGGCCAAAUCGCAAGAGUCCAUGACUGAGAAGAUGUUUGAAGGAAUAGGGACUGUUAAACUGGCUAAAGAUAUUAACUUUGGCAAGCUAGAAGUAAAUAAACUCUAUCUUUGUGUGAACGGUCAUACACAUACAGAUAACGGUUUCUAUCAGAUUGUAUGUGCUGUUCAGCUGCCCAAUGUGUAAAAGUUCCUUGUUGUUUAUCGUCUGAACUCAGGGAUGAUGGUUAAUUACUACAUCAAAUAAAAUUUUAAUCUUGUA